UUGCAUCUACUUUUUGGAACAGGGCGAUAGAGGUACAGAGGAAUGCUCCAGACGGCACGGUGUGCGUAGAAAAGCAUCGCGUCGCCUUCCCCAAGCUCCACAAGGUGGGCGGCAACACCAUCAAGGAAGUGCUGCACCACUUCGGCUUCAAGCGCCGGCUGUCCUUCCUCCUGCCCCUCCCCUUCAACAACAGUGGACUCUACCCGUGGAACCUGAAGCCUGAGGCCUACCUGCCACCGCAAGGAGGAGCUUAUGACAUCCUGACGUACCACACCGUGUACGACAGCGCCACUUUCCACCAAGUCAUGCCAGAAGACACAGUGUACCUCACCAUUUUCCGAGAGCCGCUGAGCCAUCUGAAGUCAACCAUGAACUUUUACGGCUUGCCCGAGAAGUGGGGAAUAACCGGGGACACACCGGUCUCCACCUUCCUAGCCGAUCCUGGCAAGUAUGAUCCGAAACUGAACUACUACAGGAAGUAUCCAGUAGCCUUCAGCAGGAACUCCAUGGCUAUUGACCUGGGCUUUCCUCUCAAGUAUCUCAAAAAGGUAAUGCCAAAAGAUACCAACCCACCAGAACAAAUCAAAUCUUUGGUUAAUGCCUACGUGUCUCAGAUUGAGAAGGACUUCCACUUGGUCAUGAUCAUGGAGCACUUUGACGAGUCGAUGGUGCUGUUCAGGCGCCUGAUGUGCUGGGACCUUUCCGACAUCCUGUACUACAAGGAAAACUCCCAGUCCUACUCGUACAAGCAUGAGCACAUCGCGCCUGAGUUGGUGGCGUCUCACCGCAAAUGGACCCCGGUCGACUACGGGCUGUACGAUCACUUCAACCGCACAUUUUGGCAACGUGUCGGACAACAGACGCCGGAUUUCUGGGACGAAGUCCGCCACCUUAAAGACCUGAACAAGCAGAUGCAUGACCAGUGUGACCGUGGACUUGGCAAACCACCUCUCACAGUCCCAGCAAGCAAGUGGAAUCAGGAGUUUCAAAUAGACGACGAGUUCUGUCUCCUUGCCACGAUGAAUUUCAACUGCUACUACGCGCUUUAUGCAGAACGUAAUGCAUUGGAUCGUAAACUUGCCGAAAGGCCGUCUUUGACGCCAACGAAACUGUCCCAGAAAGAAAGUGAAAAUGUAGAAAAUAUGUGGCCUUUGUUUAGAAAUUACUGUGUAUGGUGUGGGCGGGUGAAGAAGUACUGUAGGCCACAGGACUACCUAAUGCAUCUUAAGUAUGAAGGGUUAAUUCAAUUUGAAUAGAAAGUGAUGCUGCUGUAAAGUGAAAAAGAAAGUGAGUG